AUGUCUAUAACUAACAAGCAUUUUCAGUUCGCCCUACUCCAGGCUCUGCCAGUGGUGGCGGUUUUGGCUUCACUGGUUGAGGCCCUCCAGAUCCACAUGUCAUUUGGUAACUGCAAUCCUCUCCUUGAUCCUGGCAAGGAUGGGUACAAUACAGCACUUUUCUUGGCAUUUACUCAAUAUGUUCAGUAUGAGAAGACAGGGGAUUGGCAUAUAUCUCCGACUGUCAGGGUGUGUAGCACAGAGUUGCUGACAGACCUGCAAAUAUUAAUGCACCUGUCUGUUUCUGAAGGCAAUGAUCUUUUUGGUAAUGGAAAUAUUGAAGAUGUGGUGAGCCAGUUUGAGAAGAAAAAGUGUGCAACCAUUACUGUGAAUGGUUCAGUUUUGAGUUGGAGGCAUAUGGGAGGCAAGCUUGAUAUUGAACUCGCUGUAUCUUAA